CCGCGCCGGCGGCUGGGUGAUAGACGUUCCGCUGCUUCCAAUCGGAGGCGCCCAGUGCCGGGAGUGGCCAAUCGUGGGCCUUGGUGGGCGGGGCGGCCGGGCCAGUUAGAUUUGGCGGUUCGACUUCAACAUGGCUGAAGCGAGCGGCGUUAAUGUAGGCAGCGGCUGUGAGGAAAAAGGGCCUGAGGGGCUGUCCCUGGAACCUGUGCCCCCCGGCACUACCAUUUCGAGGGUGAAGCUUCUCGACACGAUGGUGGACACUUUUCUCCAGAAGCUGAUCGCCGCCGGGAGCUACCAGAGAUUCACUGACUGUUACAAGCGCUUCUACCAGUUGCAGCCUGAGAUGACACAGCGAAUCUAUGACAAGUUUAUAACUCAGCUGCAGACAUCUAUCCGCGAAGAAAUCUCUGAAAUCAAAGCAGAAGGGAACCUGGAAGCUGUCUUGAAUGCCUUGGAUACAAUUGUGGAAGAAGGCAAAGACCGCAAGGAGCCGGCCUGGCGCCCUAGCGGGAUCCCAGAGAAGGACCUGCAGCGCACCAUGGUGCCCUACUUCCUGCAGCAACGGGACGCCCUGCAGCGCCGGGUGCAGAAACAGGAAGCCGAGAACAGACAGCUGGCAGAUGCCGUCCUGGCUGGGCGCAGGCAGGUGGAGGAGCUGCAGCUGCAGGGCCAGGCCCGGCAGCAGGCCUGGCAGGCACAGCCCAGAGAGUAUAAAUGGUGCUGGAGACUGGGAGAGGCAGCCCAGCUGAGUCCCGAACAGCAGCACCAACACACCAUGCGGCCUCUCCCGCUCCUCGCCCUACUGGCCCUGGCCACACUCUGCCUUGCUGGCUGGGCAGAUGCAAAGCCCAGCCGUGCAGAGUCUGGCAGAGGUGCAGCCUUCGUGUCCAAGCAAGAGGGCAGUGAGGUGGUGAAGAGAUUCAGGCGCUACCUGGAUCAUUGGCUGGGAGCCCCAGCCCCCUACCCAGACCCUCUGGAGCCCAGGAGGGAGGUGUGUGAGCUCAACCCAGACUGUGACGAGCUGGCUGACCACAUCGGCUUCCAGGAGGCCUAUCGGCGCUUCUAUGGCACGGCCUAGAGCUCACAG